AUGGCUGGGUACCUGCUGGCAGCUGCCAUCCUCUUCUGCAUCCAGGGCUUGUCGUCAGGGAAGGAACAAGAGACGCCUUAUAUGCAACUGUACAAACGCAGUUCCUGCCAGCCCAGGGAGGUGCUGGUCAACAUCGUCAAACAACACCCGCAGGAGACUGCCCACUUCUUCAAGCCCUCCUGUGUAGUCCUGCAGCGAUGCGCCGGCUGCUGCAAUGAUGACAGCUUGAAGUGCUUCCCUGUGAUGAAGCAAUCCAUCAGUCUGCAGAUCAUGCGGGUGAUCCCCAACACACGGACCACGCAGAUGGAAUGGAUGAACUUCACAGAGCACCUGACGUGUGAAUGCAGGUGAGGGAGGGGACCAAAAAGCAGCCUUCCUGGAUGGCUAGUCAGCGGAGGCGGGAUGGGGAGAAUUGCUGGAGGUGGAAGAGGACAAGCAGCUCUUGGGUGACAACCCCCCCUCCCCUCCCCUCCCCUCCCCUCCCCUCCUGUUUUGCUUGCUUCCUCCCAUCUUUAUUAUUUUUACAAAUAAGGUGGCAAACAUAUCCCUAUUUUCUCCAUCACAACAACCCUGUGAGGCGGGUUGAGCUGAGAGAGAGGGACCUGGCUCCUUUUCCACACUGUGGCCCCUGAGCUGCUGCAGAGGGUGGGGUUCUUUGCCUGCUGGCCCUGCAGAGUGCAAACGGGUGACUUUCUCUUUUCAGGCUUCUGAUAGUGAGCAGGACAAAGAACAGGAAGAGUCCGAGGCACAAGAGGUACCUGGGGUGGGGCUGGGGGUUAACAGAGUUGUAAGGGACCUUGGAGAUCUUCUAGUCCAACCCCAGCUGGGAGGUUUGGG